CGAUUCAGAGGCCGCGAGCCGGAGGCGGGGCCUGAGGGUGCGGGGAGGGGCGGGACCCUGGGCUCCCUCAGUCGCUCUCUCCCUCCCUACCUCCCUGGUUCCCUCGCUCGCUACCGGGGCUGGUGGCCUCGGGUCCGAUCUGGGAGCUCUCCCUCAGCCGCUCCUUCUGUGCUGCUGGAGUCGGGCGUGCGGACCGAAGGGGUGGAGGCCGGAGGCCGGGCGAGCAGGGUCGAGGCCGGGGCUGGCGGCCGCGGCUAGGCCCUCGCCCUCCGCCUCCGCCUCCUCCGCGGGCCGCCAUGGCCGCGUCCCCCAGCUCGGGCAGCGCGAACCCGCGCAAGUUCAGCGAGAAAAUCGCGCUGCACACGCAGCGCCAGGCCGAGGAGACGCGGGCCUUCGAGCAGCUUAUGACUGACCUCACGCUGUCUCGGGUUCAGUUUCAGAAGCUUCAGCAGCUCCGCCUCACUCAGUCUCGAAACCAGUACCAUGGAGGGUCAUUGCCUAAUGUGAACCAGCUGCGCAAUAGUGCAGCAGAAUUUCAGCCAUCAUUUCACCAGGUUGAUAACAUUCGAGGAACACGUCAUCAUGGGCUUGUGGAAAGAGUCUCCCGGAAUCGCUUUCACCCCUUGCACCGAAGACCUGGGGAUAAACCAGGAAGACAGUUUGACAAUAGUUCUUAUGGAUCUGGUUAUCCUGCCCAGCCUGGUGAUGAGAAUUGGACAAGGCAGCAGCCUCCUUGGAAGGAAGAGAAGCAGCCUGGAUUCAGGCUGACAUCUGCACUUAACAGAACCAAUUCGGAUUCUGCUCUUCAUACCAGUGCCUUAAGCACCAAGCCACAGGACCCCUAUGGAGAAGGAGACCAGUCAUCUUGGCCUUCCCAGUGCAUGGGUUUCUGUGAUGGUGAGAAUGAUGGAUUUGGGGAAGCUAUCCCUUUCCCUGGCCCUGUGAAAGAGGAAAAUCUGCUCAAUGUUCCUAAACCACUGCCGAAACAACUGUGGGAGGCCAAGAAGAUUCAGUCCCUUUCAGCUCGCCCUCGCUCCUGUGAUGUGGGAGGUGUCAAUGCCUUUCCACAUAAUGGCCAGGACACAGGACUUUCACCUUUUCUGGGGAACCUCAACACUGGAGGGUCACUACCAGACUUAACCAGCCUUCAUUCCUCAUCCCCUCUACCUACAUCUUUGGACCCUGAUGGCCACUGGUUUGGCAGUAUGAGUGUUGGCAAUAGUAUGGGAAAUCUCCCAGCUGCUAUGACUCAUCUGGGGCUCAGAAGCUCUUCAGGUCUGCAAAGUUCUCGGAGUAACCCCUCCAUCCAAGCCACACUGAAUAAAACAGCACUUUCUUCCUCCUUAAAUAUCUGCCCACAGACUUCUGUUCACAGUGCCUCUGCUCUUCAGCCAUCACUCCGUCUAUUUUCACUUAGCAACCCUUCUCUUUCUACCACAAGCUUGAGUGGCCCAGCUCGGCGGAGGCAGCCUCCAGUGAGUCCUCUUACACUCUCUCCAGGCCCUGAGACGCCUCGAGUUUUCAGCAGACAGUUUUCCUCAACCAGCCCACUGAACCAGCUCCCUGCCUCCCAGGUGGUUCCCUCUGAUCGGGGUCCCCUUUCUUUCCUUCCCCCAGAAGCUCAAACCUCACUCCCACCUCCUUACCCCAUGCCCCAGGAGUUCCCUGAGCCCCUCCUACAGCAACCUAGAGCUCAAGAACAAGCCCAGGUCCAGCAGCCUCAGCUCUCUUCACCACCACCACAUUCAGAUUUUGAACUCCUCUCUCCCCAUAGCGCUUCCUUGACCAGCUUUUUCCCAGAUAUGUGCUUUGAACAGCAGGCCAUAAGGCAAGGGCCAGCUUUUUCUCAACAGGCAGCCGUGAUGGAGCCGGCUCAGCGGGGGCUGCAGAACUCCAUGCCGCUGCGACCGAAUGUCCUGUAUUCCAGCUGUGGGAGUUUCCCAAAUACCAGCCUAAAUGAGGACACAAACGCCGCCAGUCUGUUCAAAGACCUCAGCAGCGCACUGGCAGGCCUGCCAGAGUCAAACUUGAACACGGACGGUCUGUUUCCUUUGGACGAUGAACUCCAGAUCGAACCCCUGAGCUUGGAUGGACUCAACAUGCUGAGGGACCCCAGCGUGGGCUUGCCGGACCCCUCGGUCGAGGAGACAUUUCGAUCGGACCGCCUCUGAGCAGGCCGCUGGGCUAGAGCAGCAGACUGGAGCGGAAGGCCUGGGGGGCCCCCGCGACCCUCCUUUCAGAGGCUGAGCGAGGCCCCGCGUGCGGGAGCCGCUGCUCCGGCCAGACAGAUGCCUCCCUCGCUGGCAUCACCGCUGCCCGGGCAGCCGGCGGCCGCCUCGUCUGGGAGGCCCGAGAGCCGGGAGCUCUGAGCAGACCUCGGGGUCUGAGUGCUUCCCAGCGCUCUGGACUGACCGCACGGGCUUAGCAGUCAGUCUGGGACACUGUGGCUGGCCGGCGAGCCCUCGGCCUGCUGGAGCUCUACAGGCAAACUGCCCAGAGCCCACCAUUGCCCUUUGAGGUCCUGCCAUUCUAAAGAAAGACGGGGAGCUCGAGGCCAUGAACCUUCGCUUGGCCUCCACGUAGCUCCCCCCCCCCCCCCCCCCAGCUGCUUCCACCUGUAUUUUUCACGUGGCAUCAGGAGGAGGAGGCUGCUCAUUGGUCCCGAGGAGAAGAGAGGACGGGCGGGCGGCAGACUGAGCAGAGGCUCUUCUUGGGCCUCCGAUUCCAUCCCCGGGGCAGCUCACCCGGGCAGAGCUCUCGCCACUUCCCCACCGGCCUUCGGGGUCCUUCGGGCACCCCCCAGACCCGCCCAGCCUCGUCCUGCCCGCUCUCGUCUGACCGUCCCCUCCGCCCCCAGCCCUUCUUGCAGACAAAGUGCUCCCCGAGUCAGCCAGCCGGUUCUCUUUGGGGCCACGUGGCACACAGUGCGGCGAGGCCCAGCUCGGGCGGUCGGAGGGGCUCUGUAGGCCCUGCACAGCGCUUUGAAUCCGCAGAGGCUCCGUCCUUUGGCCAAGCUCUUCUUUCACAUUAGAGCCGCGAUGGGCCGCCAGCACCUUCCCAGACGGCUCUGGGGGGCGUUUUUCCCCCGGGGCAGCACCCAAGCGGGCUUUGGUGGGCAGAGUGUGGGCUGAGCGAGCUCCUCCUGGGGCCGGAGCGCCGAUGGUCAAGGCGGCGCCUCCUAGCCGGCCGCCGUCCUAGCUUCGUGGCACCAGGCCGCCCGCGCUCAGACCAGGCCCGUCUGCCGAGACAAGAUUUUUAGGCUCCAGAAACGCGGCUGGGGCCGCGGCGGGCCGGCCGCGGAGCGUCUUCUGCAAAUCUGGCUUCUCCAGCUGUGAGCAGGGCCGGGCGCCCGCCAGUCACCCGAUCGUGCUGAGCUAACCAGCAGAGGAAAGCAAUCAGCCCGUUGUCGUGUCAGCCCCCUCGCACGCACGCACGCACAUGCACACACACACAUCCCCGCCCCUCCCUGGCCAGGCUCUGCUGCCGGGCCUUUGUCCUGCCCCGCGUGGCGCAGCGACUCUAUCUCAGCCGCCCGAGCCGUUUGGGGCGUCUAAACCCACCUUCCUGAGCCCUGGUGGAGGAGCAGUAGGUGGGCCGGACGCUGCCCGCCAGGCUUCACAGAGGCUUUGCCAGCCUUUAGGUGGGAGGAAAGAAACAGCCUCGUGGUUAUCCUCACUUCGCAGCAGGGGCGGCAGAGCCCCUCCCCCACGGGCUGCAGGAGAGGCCUUCUGGGGAGAUGAAGCCUCCCGCCCCGCCCUGCGCCUGUCCUCCCUUCCGGCCCUCCUGCCCACGUCGGACUUUCUCUUGGUUGUCUCAUUUCUGUGCUCCAGUUCGAGGGUGUUUUUUAAGAAUUAGAAUUUGUAUAAAGUCAUUUCCAAGUUUUGUAAUGCUCGUUUUACAUCUUUCAUAAGUAAAAGCAGCACAAUAAAGUUCUGUACCUGCC